AUGAGUACAAAAUCAGAAGGAGGAUGUAAGACAGACAGCAAGGACAGUACUUCCCACCAGGGUGGCUAUUCCCAUGCAGCAGUGGUCCAUGCCCUGCAGAAAUGUGGCAUUCGUCAUAUUGACACAGCAAAAAGAUAUGGCUGUGAAUCCCUCCUCCAAAGGGCCAUCAGAGAGAGUGGUGUGAAGAGAGAGGAUCUCUGGAUAACUACCAAACUGUGGCACACUGAUUAUGGCUAUGAAAACACAAAACAGGCCUGCUUGGAGUCGUGUGAAAGACUUGGUGUUGAAUAUCUUGAUCUUUAUUUGAUUCACUGGCCUGAUGCACAAGUUGCAGGUAAAAGUAAUCGAGAGGUCCGAGCUGAAACCUGGAGAGCGAUGGAAGAGCUCUAUGAGAAAGGUUUGUGUAAAUCAAUUGGCGUAAGCAAUUUUCUUAUCAGCCAUCUUGAGCAACUGAAGGAGGACUGUGUGAUUACUCCACAUGUUAAUCAGGUUGAAUACCACCCUUUCCAAAGACCUCAGGAGCUGGUUGAUUAUUGUAGGAGCAGAGAUAUUGUUUUUGAAGGCUACUGUCCUUUAGCCAAAGGUGAAGCACUCAGUCAUCCUACUGUCAUUCAGCUGGCAAAGAAGUACAGCAGAACUCCAGCACAGAUUUGCAUACGCUGGAGCAUACAGAAUGGGAUUGUCACUAUUCCAAAGUCAACAAAGGUAGAACGGAUAGAGGAAAACUGCAAGGUGUUUGAUUUUACAAUAGCAGAAGAUGAUGUUGAAAUUCUGAAUGGAAUGCAUGAUGGGAGACAUGUUUCCUGGGAUCCAAGUUUCAUUGUGUGAAUCAAGGUUUGAGCUUUUUUUGCUUUCUUAGGGAUCAGUGAGUCACACCAUGUAAUUUCAAUUCAGAGGUUACAGUAAGAAUCUAAUCAAGAUAGUGAUGUCUGCUGAUAAUGAUCACUGAUUUGAAAUCCUUAACAUUGGCAACAGACAAAAGAUAUUUUUAAAGGGUAGCACUUUUGUACAACACUCAAAGAGAUUUUAUAUUUCCAUUUCAAAUACUGUUCCUCAGUUUAUUUAAGUCCAUGCAAAGACUCCCAUUUUUACCAUGGGACCCUGCAUCAGUGUGUUCUUCAAAUGAGGAAACAAAUACUCCUUGAAAAAUGUAGGGCAAAAGUGUUACCUGUUAGUGUGCAAUAUAGGUGUUGGGUAUGAAAUAAUUUUUCAAGUACUUUGUUAGAGAGAUACAAUAUAUGAAGAAGAAAAAGCUGGAUGAAAAAAAAUGUUAAUGCCAUUAUCAUAACAGUACUUAUGUUGUACAAUAUACUCCAAAUCUCCAUUGAAAUUAUAAUCUCAUUGUCAUACACAAUAUCUAAGCAUCACCAAAAAAGUUUUAGGUAUAUCACAACAUUACUAUGGCAUUGAC